AGCUUCCAAACACAACAAUUGGUUCCUAAUCCACUAAAAUAUGUCCCGUCAAACUGCUUUCGCUUUCCGAAACUCUCAUAUUCAGCCACUGAUUCCCUGGUUGAACAACCCCCAAACCCCCCAAAUAUCUCACCCCUGUUAUAUAUACACCCCGCCAUCUCACUAAUGCGGUGCCCCGAGUUGACUCAGUAGCUGCUUGGGCCUUGAACGAUCCAACUCGGUCAUGGAAGCUCUUUGUUACCAUUUGUGUACCGGCUCCUCCGCUUCGGCGUUGGAGAAGUUGCGCAUUUCGACUUUCAGCGCCGUCGUGACGAACACUAGGACGCGAUUUUUUGGGGUUGCACCUGCGACACUUCGAUUUAAUAAUGUAAUCUGCUCGAUUUCCGGCGGCGGUGUUGAUGGAAAAACUAGCACCGCUACUCCGAAGAGGAGGAGAAGUAGGCCAAAACAGCGAGAGACCUUGCCAACGUCGUUGCCGGAGCCGAAAAACAUGAAUGUGAAUAAGGCGUUGUACCACAACGGGGAUCCGCUAGGUAAGCGGGAUUUAGGGAAGUUGGUUGUGAAGUGGCUGCGGCAAGGAAUGAACGCUAUGGCGUCGGAGUUUGCUGCGGCGGAGGUUCGGGGCGAUUUCUCGGAGUUAGAGCAGCGGAUGGGACCUGGUGUUACUUUCCUGAUUGAGGCGCAGCCGUAUUUAACUGCAAUACCUAUGCCACUUGGUUUUGAAGCUGUUUGUUUGAAGGCGUGUGCUCAUUAUCCUACCUUACUUGAUCACUUUCAGCGCGAGCUCAGGGAUGUUCUUCAGAAGUUGGAGAAGGAGUCAGUUGUGGCGAACUGGCGAGACACUCAGUCGUGGAAGUUGCUUAAGCAAUUGUUUAAUUCAGCUCAGCACAAAGCUAUAGCCCGGAAGGUCUCCCAGCCAAAGCCUGUUCCUGGUGCUUUAGGGAUUGACAGUAACAAGGUCAGGAAGAUGCAGGCUAACAUUGACCAAUUUACAAAUCAUAUGGCAAAUUUUCUCAGUAUAGAAAGGGAUUCAGAGUUGGAGUUUACUCAGGAAGAGUUGAAUGCUGUGCCUGUGCCUGAUGACAAUUCAGAUUUCUCCAAGCCAAUUGAAUUUUUGGUCUCCCAUGGUCAAUCACAACAAGAACUUUGUGAUACACUAUGCAACUUAACUGCAGUUAGCACUUCAACGGGAUUGGGCGGAAUGCAUUUGGUGGUCUUUAGGGUUGAGGGAAAUCACCGACUGCCACCCACUACUCUCUCUCCAGGUGAUAUGGUCUGUGUUAGAACAUGUGAUAGCAGAGGCGCUGGUGCUACUUCAUGCAUGCAGGGUUUUGUUGACAAUCUCGGGGAGGAUGGAUGCAGUAUUAGUGUUGCCCUGGAGUCUCGACGUGGUGAUGCCACCUUUUCAAAGCUCUUUGGCAAGCUUGUGCGAAUUGAUCGCAUUCCUGGAUUGGCUGACACACGAACAUAUGAGCGUAACUGCGAGGCACUGAUGCUACUACAAAAGAAUGGUUUGCAGAAGAAAAAUCCAUCCAUUUCUGUUGUAGCUACUCUGUUUGGUGAUAAAGAAGAUGUUGAUUGGCUGGAGGAAAAUCGUGUGGUAGAUUGGAAUGGAGUGGAAGAGGAUGGUCUGUUGGAGAGUAGCGGUUUUGAUGAUUCUCAGCGUAGAGCAAUGGCCUUAGGUCUGAAUAAGAAACGGCCCAUGCUGGUUAUCCAAGGGCCACCUGGUUCUGGAAAAUCAAGGUUGUUGAAGAAACUCAUUGCUUUGUCUGUUGAACGCGGUGAAAAAGUGCUUGUUACAGCCCCAACAAAUGCAGCUAUUGACAACAUGGUUGAGAAACUUUCAGAUACAGGAAUAAAUAUUGUGCGAAUGGGAAAUCCAGCCCGAAUAUCUGCAGCUGUUGCUUCAAAAUCAUUAGGUGAGAUUGUCAAUACUAAAAUGGAGAAGUUCAGGACAGAAUUGGAAAGGAAAAAAUCAGAUUUAAGAAAAGACCUGAGACUUUGUCUUAAGGAUGAUUCUUUAGCUGCUGGCAUACGUCAGCUCAUAAAGCAACUUGCUAAGACAUUAAAGAAGAAGGAAAAGGAGACUGUCAAAGAAAUAUUAUCAUGUGCUCAAGUUGUUCUUGCCACUAAUAUAGGAGCUGCAGAUCCACUGAUCAGAGGGAUGGGGCCCUUCGAUUUAGUUAUUAUAGAUGAAGCAGGGCAAGCAAUUGAACCCUCAUGUUGGAUCCCUAUGCUACAGGGAAGGCGCUGUGUGCUUGCAGGUGACCAAUGCCAGCUUGCUCCAGUAGUUUUAUCUAGGAUUGCACUAGAAGGAGGUUUGGGAAUCUCACUCCUAGAGAGAGCUGCAAAUUUGCAUGGAGGAAUUUUCGUUGCAAAGUUGACAACUCAGUACCGGAUGAAUGACACCAUAGCUAGCUGGGCUUCCAAGGAAAUGUAUGGUGGGUUUUUGAAAUCAGCUGCAGAUGUCUCAUCUCAUCUCCUGAUAGAUUCUCCUUUUGUCAAGCAUACAUGGAUAACUCAAUGCCCAUUGCUACUGCUGGAUACGAGAAUGCGUUAUGGUUAUUUAUCUGUUGGCUGUGAAGAACAAAUGGAUCCGGCUGGCACUGGUUCUUUCUUCAAUGAAGGAGAAGCAAAUAUUGUUAUCCAGCAUGUCCUCUCAUUGGUUUAUGCAGGUGUGAGCGCAAAAGCCAUUGCCGUUCAGUCUCCUUAUGUUGCUCAAGUGCAACUGUUGAGAGAGAAGCUCCAUCAAUUCCAGGAGACUAAUGGAGUCGAAGUGGCAACAAUUGAUAGCUUUCAAGGCCGGGAGGCUGAUGCAGUAAUUAUCUCUAUGGUUCGAUCAAACACAAUGGGAGCAGUUGGGUUCCUUGGAGAUAGUAGGCGAAUGAAUGUUGCCAUAACAAGGGCACGCAAGCAUGUUGCCGUUGUUUGUGACAGCUCGACUAUAUGCCAUAACACCUUCCUCGCAAGGCUUUUACGACACAUUCGACAUUCUGGAAGGGUCAAGCAUGCCGGGUCUGAUUAUUUAGGAGGCCCUGGAAUUGGCUCUAAUCCCUUGUUGCCAUUAUUAAGUUGAUGCGCAGAAGCUUCCUGGAUUAUUUAGGAAGCACAUCGGUUGAGCAAUUGACUGUUUUCUUCCGAUUGUUGAUACACAUGCCUGGACCUCAUUCAUUGUAUAGCAUUUGAAAUGUAUCAAGUAUAUUUGUAUAUUGUAUAAAGCCUUUUGUAGCGCCUUGUAUAUGUGCCGUAGUAGUCACAAACAUACUAAGUAUAAACAUUUGCAAAAAUAUACUGCAACAAACUUGUCCAAGUUUUUCUGUAGUUUUAUCUGUUUGUAAUGUAAUUAUCCUCAAAAGGAAGGUUUGCUCUU